CAUUGAAGAGUGUAUUUGUAGUUUCUGACCUCGGACAGCUAACCAGCUCUCUGGAGACUCUCCUACACCCGGGAUGUGACACUUGUAGAGUCCUUCAUCGGCCUUUGAGACGUUAUAGAUGCUGAUGUUUCCCACGUAGCCGCUCUCUUCUAUAAAAGUGUUAUUUUUAUAGAAAUCGGCCUGAUAAGGAGAUAGCGUCUCCUUGUUUAUACAGCUGAGAGUCACGUCUUCUCCCUGAACCACAGGAGCAGCAGGACUCUUCAGGAUCACCGAGCCGGCUGAGAAAGAAGGAAGUUUGUAAAGAUCUGAGAUCUAGACAUGUUGAACUUUAAAUGUCUUCAUCUUCACCAAUCAUGUCUGAAAGUACCUGUGACCGUGACGUUCACGGGGUCACUCCUCGCCUCCCCGUCAGCUUCACAACAGUAUUCGCCGCUGUCUACUUCGUAGGCGUUUCUGAUCAAACAGGGCCCCGUCGACGUCUCCCAGUGUGGACGACAUAUUGUUUUGAGUCCAAAGACCUUCCUCAUCACCCUCCACUCAGAAAAACCACCAAAACCGACGCAGUCGUAAGAGAUCGGGUCGAACUCGAAGAACUGGAGGCUGUUUGGAACGAUGAGCAAAAAUACAGCACCUGAGAAAAGACGCGGAAAUCAGCCGGGGUCGAAUUUAACAACGUUAAAGUUUAAGGUUUUAGCAACACUAACUUUCUCGGAUAUUUAAAGUGUUUUAUUUCCGAGCGGCUUACCCGGUUCAUCGGCACAGUCACAGAGCAGAUCUCUUCCACUGAGAAGCAUCAGCGCGAACGUCACUGUAGGAACAAAAAUAAAGUGUUUACCGUUUUUAUCUGAUUAAAAGAGUCUCGUGGACAGACUCGGUACUCACUGGUUUUAAUGCAGAGAGUGGAAACCUCCAUGUUAAGAAGCUGCUGAGUGUCUGAACGUAACCGUGAGAGACAGACGAACUCAGUAAUCGAUGUGUGGGAACUUCCUCUCUGCGGCCUGUUUGUGGUACGAGUUUGUUGUUCAGUUUCAAGACUUAUUUAAAGAAGGACCACGAGAGAAACAAAGAAGCAGUCGGUUUAUUUAACCGACUCGAACGACAUUUAGAGUCAGGAGAGGAGGAGUUUGUCAAAGAGAAGAAACUUUCUCUGUCUUUAUCUGACUUGUUGGAUUAAACAGCGUCGUGUUUUAUUUUAACAGUCGAACGUGUGUGAGGUGAACUCUGAAUGUUGAGUUUUUCAGUUUUAUUAAACUUCAGUCUGUAAGGCGAUGGAAUACAAACCUCAGAGAUAACGACGAUACAAUAAAACCAGAAAACUGAUUUUUUUUUUUUUACUCUUACCCCCAAUUUCCACCGCAUCCAGAAUGGCUUAGAAACGGCAGUAUCCACGAUCGUAGCUGAUCGUAACCAUUCAAGUUAACGUGUCAACUUCCACCGGCUUCUUUCCACUGGGGAUCACCAAAUUCCGCAGCUGAUCACAAGAGUUCUAUUUUUUCUGGACGCUGGAGCAUGCCGGAUAAAUUCAGCUGAUCUGAUUGGUUGGAAAUAUUCAAACUCGGUCUAAUGGGGCGCGAGUAGAAUCAUCUACUCGCUUCAUUCGCGCGAAUGAAGCGAGUAAAUAUUAUUCAUUCGCGCGAAUGAAGCGAGUAGAUGAUUGAAUAAUAUUUACUCGCUUUAUUCGCACGUUAACGGUAAUCCCUGCCAGUUCAACCGGCCGGAUCAAGUGAUAGACUAAGAUUUUUUACAAUUUACCAGGUGAUCCGACCUCCUCGCUCACUUUUUAUUCUGUUUUUGGUAAACGAAAGAAAAGGUAUCUUAUAAUUUGGGGCACCGACCCACUCUGCACCCUAUGUGCUGAUAAGUAUCCGCUCAAAUUGAGACAUAUUCAACUUCCGCCCAAUUCGCGUCAUUCGUGCCGUCGAAGUCGUAGGAGCGUCUGAUCGCAUCUUUGCAAAACUUGCUGCUGUUCCAGAUCAGAGCCGUUCCAGAUGUGGUGAAAAUUAGGGGUAAAUGUACAAAACUACGACGGAGUAUUCGGGCCACAUUAAGAAAAAAAAAAUUGGACACUUUGAGAUUAAAAUCAUUACUAACAGAAAUAAAGUCAUAAUUAAGUAAUUACCAACGAGAAUAAAGUCAAAAUAAAGUAAUUUCAUUUAAAUAAACUUCAAUAUAUGCAGAAAUGUAAUAUUUUGGCACAUCAGCACCACAUUAUCACAAGUAUAUUAGUAGUAGUGGUUUAUUACGACACUAUUCUCGUAAGUAAAUACUUUAUUCCAACUUAAUUCUCAUUAGUAAUAAGUUUAGUAUGACUUUAUUCACGACUUUAUAAGGACUUUUAUUCUCAUAAGUAAUGAUUUUCUAUGACUUUAUUCUCGUAAAUACUUUGUUACGACUUUAUUUUUGUAAGUUAUCACUUUAAUCAAACUUUAUUCUGUAAGUAAUGAUUUUAUUACGACUUCAUUCUCGUUUGUAAUGUUUAAUUCUCUUAAAUUAAUGACUUUAAUCUCUAAGUUUGAGUCUUAAGUCUUAAUUUUUUCUUCUUAAUGUAGCCUCAAUACUCUGUCACAUGAGACUGAAUCUAACUACUGAAACCUACAGGGCGGAGGGGUGCAUUAUGGGUAUUUAAGUAUCAUCUCACAUGUUCUUCAUACAUGUGUGUGUUUCAUUGUGUGUAUUUGUUGACAUUAUUUAAGUGAUUGUAAAAUACUUAUUUAUUUUCAUGUUCUUGAAGUUCUGCUCGUGUUCCUGCCGCAGAGUCGAGACUGUUCCUGUAACGACUCUUUAUUUGGGUCAAAGUCCAUCCAGAGGACUUUGGUAGAGCAGCCGGGGCGAGUCACCCAGGUACGCCACAGGUAAGCUUUUUUUUUUUUUCUUUUUAAAUAAAAGGAAAAAAGUUUAAAAAAAGUUUAACUAUAUAUUUCAAAGGGUUUAAAUGAACUUAGACCUGGUUUUAACCGAGUCUUUGUGUGAGUUAGCUCUUCUUUGAGACAAACCUGAAACUCGAGUUACGAAGCCUCUUCAGUCGGGAGAAACUUAAAGAAUCUUUCAGUGUCUUUGUUGGUUAAUGAGUCUGUUUGGACUCGACCUCAUUCAGUAUUUUACAUUUUUUUUAUGUAUUUCAUCUGGAGUCCUGGUUUGUGAUUUUUUUUAUUUCUAUCUUGUCUUAUUCAGAAAAGUUUCAGGAUGUUUCACAGUCGGAGUCGAUGGUCCCAUAAAGAUCUCAGUACUUUGGUGUUUUAUUACGCUGCUGUCGGUCUUCUCACCCACUGUGGAGGUAAACUUUAAACACCAACUCCUUUUUUUUAUGGUUAAUGAUUGACGCAGGUAUUCACAGUCGUGGUUAUCCUUCAUCUACUAACCCUGCCGACAUAGAAGCAUUUAAAAAAUGUCAUAUAAAGACAGGUGCUGAUCUGAUUGGUCGGACAUAUUCAAACUAAGUCUUAUGGGGCGUUUAAACCAAGCACGAGUAAAUCAUCUACUCGCUUAAUUCGCGUGAAUGAAAAAUAUUUACUCGCUUAAUUCGCGCGAACGAAAAAUAUUUACUCGCUUAAUUCGCGCGAACGAAUGAUAUUUACUCGCUUAGUUCGCGCGAAUGAAUAAGAUUUACUCGCUUAAUUCGCACGAAUAUCAACGGUAAUCCCUGCCAGUUCAACCAGCCGGAUCAAGUGAUAGACAAAAAUUUUUUACAAUUUACCAGGUAAUCCGACCUCUUCGCUCACUUUUGAUUCCGGUUUCAGUAAUCAAAAGAAAAGGCAUCAUAUAAUUCGGGGCACCGACACACCGACACGAUCAGUUUGUCUCUUCCAUUUUAGAUACAAGUGAACAACCGUUCAUUUUCAUACGUCACCUAGCAACCUUCGUGCUGAUUAGUUGUGCUCAAUUUGAGACAUAUUCAACUUCCGCCCAAUUCGCAUCAUUCGCGCCGCCAGAGUCGUAGGAGCAUCUAAUCGUGUCUUUGCGUUGACUUAGCAUGUAAUUCAUUCGCGCGAAUGAUUUUACUCGCGCUGGGUGUGUGGAGAUAGUAACCCCCAAUCUCCACCUUCAUCCUGAUCGUCCCCUAAAAGGUCGUAUCCUCCGAUCGUAGCUGAUCGUAACCAUUCAAGUUAACGUGUCAAUUUACACCGACUUCUUUCCGUUCCUCUGCGGAUCGCCGGACUCAUCAGCUGAUCACAAGAGUUCUAUUUUUUCUGGACGCCGGAGCAUGGCGGAUAAAUUCAGCACAGAUUAACCCGUGCUGGAAAGGAAGUCGGGCACAGACACAAAAUAAAACAUCCGGCUUCUUUUCAAAAUAAAACCACAACCUCUCACUUGUUCGGACGGAGACGAACAAGUGAGAGGUUUUUAGACGUCAUUUCACCCCGAUGACACCAUGGAUGAGGAGAUGCUGAUUCUAGAAGUCUAGAAGUAGAUUUCCUCCUCUGGAAGGACACAAUCUACUGCUUAUAUGGUUAGCCUCUGUUGCUAAGAGACAACUCGUUAUCAUAUGAUUGCACGUGAAUUCGCAGGUUCUUACUGUUGUCUGUAAUCCGCCACCAAAUUCGCCUUACAAACGGAUCCAGUAGGAAUUGGCGGACAGUGAAAAUUGCCGCUGUUCCGAACGCUGAACCGUUCGGGUUGCGGUGGAAAACCCGGGUAAGAAGGAGAAAUGAAGAUGUAGAAGAAGUUGUUGAAGAUCUGAUUUGUCUUCUCCAGGUGAGGCGGAGAUGAUCGGCUCUUCCACGCCUCUUCUCGCCAUGGUUGGAGGUGUCGUGGUUCUGCCCUGCCACCUGAAACCACAGGCGGACAUCAGCGCUCGCACUCUGGAGUGGGCUCGGCUCGACCUGAACCCCAGAUUUGUCCACGUGAGACGCGACGGUGUUGAUCUGCUGGUCCAGCAGAACCCGUCCUUCGUGGGUCGAACCUCAUUGUGGACUGAAAAACUGCAGCGUGGAGACAUGUCUCUGACUCUGUCCAAAGUGAAGCUGUCUGAUGAGGGGAAGUACAGGUGUCACGUCCCAGAACUGGGAACGUCCACGGUUCAACUCAGACUGGGUAAGUCUACUUCCAUAUCAGGACAUCAUUUUUAAAUUUGGAGUGGACAAAGGUCAGUUUUCAGUGUUUCCUGUUUUAUUUUGUAGGAGCUGAUUCCUUGUUUUCCCUCCCUUGUUAAUCACCCAUGAGUCUCACCUGUUGCUCGUCUGACUAAAUCUAUUGUUUGAGCAUUGUCCUCUCCUCUUUGUGUUUAGGUGCUGCUUCCUCUCCUGUUAUCGUCAUAAAGAACAUUUCUGAUGGACAGGUGGUUCUACAGUGUGAGUCUAAAGGCUGGUAUCCAGAACCUGAGGUACUGUGGAUGGAUUCUGAUGGAAACCUCCUCCCUGCUGGACCUACAGAGACACUCAGAGGUCCUGAUGGUCUCUAUACCGUCAGCAGCAGAGUGACUGUGGAGAGGAAACACAAGAGCACCUUUACCUGUCGGGUCCAGCAGACAAGCAUCACCCAGACCAGAGACACAGGAGUCCAGAUUGAAGGUUCGUGAGGGAACUUUUGUGGAAUUUAGACCUGACUCAGCAAGAAAAAAAAGACAUUUAUAACCAUAAAUGUAGGUGUACUUUUAUAUACAUAUCUAUAGGUAUAUAUACAAACAGAAGGAGACAGAGAGUGAAACAUUAUGAAGUUACAACAAACUGAUAAAUAGAAAAAACUUAUAUAUUUUUUUCCUUAAACUGACAUGUUUUCAAUACUUUGAAUAAACUUAAAAGUAAAUAAACAAUAUAAUUGGAAUAUUAAGAUAUAUUUACAGGAAAAAUAAAUGAUUAUUAAAACUAUAUAACUGGAUAAAAGUUAAUGUUAUAAUCCAAACUGUAUCUGAAAAUAAAGUGUAUCUAUAAUGAAGCUUACAUGUCAAGGUUGAACUUGAAACUUUAUCCUAAAAAGGGAAAAUUUUGUUUUGCCAUCAGCAGGGAAACAUAAACAAACAAACAAAAAAAAAACACGAACAAAAAACUAAUUAAAAAAUACAAAACAAAAACAAAACAAAAAAUGAAAAACAAAUUAAAAACAAAUAAAAAAAAAAAUAAAAAACAAAUAAAAAUAUAAAACACAUUUUAAAAAAUUACAAAAUACAAAUCAAAACAAAAAAAUUCAAAACACAUAAAAAACAAAGACAAAAAAUGGACAACCAAAAAAUUAAAAAAUAGAUAAAUAAAUAAAUAAAAAACAAUAAAAAACAAAAACAUAACAAUAAGACUCGAGACAAAAUUAUUCACCCAAAACAAGAAAAAAUAGAGAUAAACACAGACUUAUUUUCAGAGUUAGACUAAUAAAACAAAAAGUAUGGAAAAAAGUUAAAUAUUGCAUUAACAGUGAUUGGUGGAUCUUGUAUUACACUUUGCUUUUUUGUGACUUUAUUAUUUAUUUAUUUUCUUAUUUUGGACAUCUUUUUUUUUAUCUCACAUGUUUAUCAUAAAAAUAUAUCAAUGAAAAUAAAAUCUCUAAAUAUUUUAAUUUAAUAUCCUGUUUGUCAUUUUAGAUGACAUCUGUGCCUCUUCCUCUCAUUACGUCGCCCCCAUCGUGAUCCUCUCACUGGUUUGUCUGGUUCUCUUUGGGGCCGUUUUUUAUCUUUGGAAACUGGGACAGAAGAAAACUGGUAAGCUUUGAUUUCAUUUCUUUUUGUGUGAAUUUAUUUAUUUAUUUUACUUACUUUUUUCUGUUGUCAUAUAUGUGCUGAUAAGGUUUCAUUUUAGACCAAAACAAUAGUAAAAUAUAAAUUUUUAACUAAAUCUAUCCUGUUACUUUUUUUACUGUAAACAGAUAAGAUCAAAAAAGGUGAAAGAGAGCCGCUCAACGAAGAAAGUGAGAAUAUGAAGGAUAAAGCUGAAAAAAAGUUACAGGAGAAAGAGGAAGAAAGGGACAACAUACUUCAUGUGAUUUCAAUAUUAAACCAUCAGAGGAAUGAACUGAAGAGCUUAAAAGGAAAACUUGUAUCAGAGGUAAAGGAGGUCGAGGAGGAGCGCAGGGAGAAUGAGAAGAAACUUGAUAAAGUAAGAAAGGGUCCCUUUGUUUGGGACAAAGACGCCAAAGAAAACUCUUUUUUAAAGACCAAAAUGGACCUGGAAAAAAAAAGGACGGAGCAGAUAGAAUCUUUACAAAACACUGAGAUUCGACUUCAGAAAAUAAACAAUAUGAUUUCUAAGAUGACAGAGAGGAAAGAAAAAGUAGAAAACCAGAUUAAAAAACUGUCAAAUGGGAAAAAUGAGCAGGAGCAGGAGGAUCAUCAGGAGGAGGAACAUCAGGAGGAGAAGUCUGAGGAAGAGGAUGAACCUCAUGAACCGAUGCUCAGAACUCAGACAGAGAUGAACAGCAGCAGUACUGGGAUCUGA